UUCUCUCUCUCUCUCUCUCUUCUCCUCUUACAUAAAUCCUUUUUACCUUCUCCCCCACCUGUGAUUACCAAACCUGAUUACUAGUGAGAAAUACAAAAGGAGAAGUGGUUAAGACACAGUACUUAACAGAAAGAGAAAGAGUGGGAGAUGCAGAAAGGGUCUCCUUCGUUGCUAGCGAUAGUGGAGUUGCUAAAGAAGAUAAAAAAUCUUGGUUAGAGAAAUUCACAUAUUUAUAUAUUUAUAGUAUUAGCAGAUAAAGAGAAAGGAGAGAGUGAGCAGAAAAGGGGUUAUUGUGUAGAGAAAGAGAUCAAAAAAGGAAGUGAAGAGAGAUGGUGGGCUCAGGAGCAUCAGAUAGGAGCAAAGAAGCGGUUGGGAUGAUGGCCCUUCAUGAGGCCCUCAGGGGUGUCUGUCUCAAUUCAGACUGGACUUACUCCGUCUUCUGGACCAUUCGACCUCGCCCGAGAAGUAGAGGUGGUAAUGGCUGCAAGGUUGGGGACGACAACGGCAGCUUGAUGUUGAUGUGGGAAGAUGGAUUUUGCCGGGGAAGAGUUGCAGAGUGUCUUGAAGAUAUAGAUGGGGAGGAUCCAGUCAGAAAGGCCUUCAGCAAAAUGUCCAUUCAGUUGUAUAACUAUGGAGAAGGGUUGAUGGGAAAGGUUGCUUCAGAUAAAUGUCAUAAAUGGGUUUUCAAAGAACCUUCUGAAUGUGAACCCAAUAUCUCUAACUACUGGCAGAGUUCUUUUGAUGCUCUUCCUCCUGAAUGGACUGAUCAGUUUAACUCAGGCAUUCAGACUAUAGCUGUGAUUCAAGCUGGCCAUGGCCUUCUACAAUUGGGUUCCUGCAAGAUUAUACCAGAAGACUUGCACUUUGUGCUGAGAAUGAGGCAUACCUUUGAAUCUCUUGGUUAUCAGUCUGGUUAUUACCUGUCCCAGCUCUUCUCUGCUAAUAGGAAUACUUCCCCUUCUGCUCCUUCAAAGCAAUCCCUUGCUCCAAGCCGUCCCCCGGCUCCCAUCUUUAACUGGAGCCAAAGGUCACUCCCUUCUGCCACUUCUGGAGUUGCUUCUCCCAAUUUCCAGAACUCUUCCCGACUUGGAUUGCCACAGACUAAAGAUGAAACCCAUCUGUUUCUCCUUCCACAUUCAUCUGAAACCCAAAUGGAAGACAUGAACAUGAUGGCUGAUCAUGAAUCUGAUAUUAAGUGGCCAAAUGGACUAUCCUUCUUCAAUGCUCUCACGGGACGAGCUGAUGAUGCGAAGCUUCUCUUUGGCGAGGGCCUAGGAAACAAGCCAAAUCAACAACAUCAACAACUUGUUCUAGGGGAAACUUCAUAUUUACAGAAUCAGCAUUGGAGCAGAAGUGAUAACACAGGUGUUACGAAUCCCAGUGAAUACUUGAGCUUGGAGAGCCAUUCAAACAAUGUAAGGAAGAUGGAAAAGUUUAAGAGGAGCUUCACUUUGCCUGCAAGAAUGGCAUCAUCUUCUUCUUCCACUUCUCUUGAUCAACACUCACAUAAUCCAGUGGACUACAGCAGGAGCUCUGAAGCAGGAAUUUACUCUGAUAUAAUGGACACCUUCUUAGAAUGAUUUUAGAUUUGUUUUGUAUGAAGGACAGGAGUAAGAGGUUGUACUUGACAGUGAAUUUGGCUCUUUUCUACUGGUCAUGUUCCUCUUACUUGUUUUGAUGCCCA